UCGUUUAGACCUCCAACAAAAAUUCCGAAACAUUGAUCAGUUCACGUGUCUACUAAGGAUAUUAAUUAUUUGGUGGUUGACUGAUUCUCUCCAUUAAUUUAAGGAGGUAUCUCUUUCCCCUCUUAUACAACCAUCUUUCUGACCUAAAUUCUAAUUAUAACAUUCCACAUUUCACCACUUUAUUCAAUACAACUUUCUUUCGUGAUCAAGUGUAGUUGAAUAAGUGCUUCUAUGAUUGAAGCUCUCAUAUAAUCGUAUUAGAUGAUUCAUUUUUAUUUUUAUUGUUUUCAAUAUAAAAGAGGCCUUUAAUAUAUAGUAUAUUAAUAAUUAAUAAUAUAUAUUUAAUUUAUAUAUAUAUAUUUCCCUCUUGUAACAGGUUAGUAUAGAUAACAAAAAUAGAACAUUUUUCAAUUUUAUCAAUAUAAUAAAUGUUCAAGUCUUUCCCGAGCCAACAAUGACAAUGGCUCAUGAACUGUAAAUCCAACUUUUGUAUCAGCAUCUUUUGUAGGCUGUUGAUGUUCACGUUUCUCUUGUAAUUUUAUUUGACAAAUGAAUUUAAAAACUGAAAUCUCAAAAUGCCGUCUUCAGAUCAUUGAAGAAUAAUUUUUUUUUUGUAAAGGACAAAACGGUUCAUGUCUAGGAGGAAACUAAGAAUUAAUAUAAUAAAAUUAAAAGUGAUGCAAUUGUUAAUUGAAAUCCAUGGCCUACCUCCAUGGAGUUAAACUAAUAUCCUACAUAAUUGCACUUUGUACAACAUUGUCUUCCUAGAGAAAGAAAAUGGUGACCACAACAAGCACACGUGAAGUUGAGGCCAUAGCUAUGGCUGAAUAUGAUCGGAAAAGUGAGUUAAAAGCUUUUGAUGAUUCAAAAACAGGUGUGAAGGGACUAGUAGAUGCUGGGGUGACCAAGCUCCCUCGUAUAUUUGUCCAUGAUCAGAAAAUUAAACUUCCAGGGAAGUCUGAUUGCGGCAAUUCCCAGUUCAGUAUUCCAACGAUAGACUUGGAAAGCAUGAACAAGGAUGCAGCUCUACAUGGUGAAAUUGUGGAAAAAGUUAGAGCUGCUUCAGAGAAGUGGGGUUUCUUUCAGGUGGUCAAUCAUAGAAUUCCGGUCAGUGUCAUGGACGAAAUGAUUGAUGGGGUACGCAGGUUUCAUGAGCAAGAUACUGAGGUGAAGAAGCAAUUCUAUUCGCGUGAUUUGACUAGAAGGUUUGUAUACAAUAGCAAUAUUGGUCUGUAUCAAGCACCAGCAGCAAACUGGAGGGACUCCAUUUAUUGUGUUUUGGCUCCUCAACCACCUGACCCUUCAGAACUGCCCGUAGUGUGCGGAGAUAUAAUGAUGGAGUACUUCAAGAACGUAAUGAGAUUGGGACUUACUCUGUUGGAAUUGCUUUCCAAGGCACUUGGGAUUGACCCAAAUCACUUGAAAGACAUGGAUUGUGCUGAGGGGCUAUUCUUCACCGGCCAUUACUACCCGGCAUGCCCUGAACCUGAAUUGACAUUGGGCACUGGCAGCCAUACUGAUGCUGGCUUCAUUACAAUACUUCUACAGGACCAAUUGGGUGGCCUUCAAGUCCUUCGAGAUGAUCAAUGGGUUGAUGUCCCUCCCUUGCCUGGAGCUCUUGUGGUAAAUAUUGGAGAUUUUCUACAGCUCACUACCAAUGACAGGUUCAAGAGUGUCAAUCACAGAGUGCUUGCCAACAAGUUAGGCCCAAGAAUUUCAGUGGGUUGUUUUUUCAGAUCACAUUUAGGAGAAGAGACUACAUCAAGAGUUUAUGGGCCAAUCAAGGAGUUGCUGUCACAAGAUAACCCCCCAAUCUACCGGGACACUACCACUAAAGAGUACCUCGCACACUACUUAAAGAAAGGGCUCGAUGGAUCCCCUGCACUGUCACAUUUCAAGUUGUGCAAGUAGGCCUUGGAGAUUUAGAAGCCAGCUUAGUUUGGUUACUUCUGGUUUGGCUUAAUGUUUACCAAUAAAUUCCUUCUCCUUGGAUGUGUGACCUGAUGUAUCAUAUAUUACGUGGGAUGCUUCAUAUUUCUACAAUCUGGAAAUCGUAGCUUUUCUGUACUGCAACUUUAAGUAUGUUUAAUUAAAGCAAUCAUUUGAAACCUAGAAGUUUAUGUCACCUAGACAUAUUUCAAUAUUCAUGAUUUUAUGCCAUUUUAUCUUUUCUGUUUGUAAUCUCGAACUUUUUACAAUCAAAUGUACGCCCUUGGGUGAAAAAAAGAAGAAGAAAAAGUCAAUGUA